AUGUCGGCAGGGCGCGCGAAGGUGCUAGUCGAGGAGGUGCUACGGAGGCUCAAGACAGGGGAGAUUGCGGGAGCACGACAAGGAGGAACCGGGAAGCGGGAGCCGGCCGUGGCAGUGUACCGUUCGUUAAAUCCAGCGCUGGGCAAGAGGGACAUCGUGGGCGCGCUGCCGGCCGUGCAGCUGAGCGAGGAGCCUCGGGAGCACGAGGCGCUGGCGUUCCAGGUGAUGAAGCUGCGGGAUCCACGCUUCUUCAUGUUCCGCGACGAGUAUCUGCUGCGGUUUCCAACGGAGACGGGACUUGCAGCGUUCCGGCGACUGGCGCGGGACGCUUGGGUGGACGACGUGCGGCUGCAGCUGGAGACGACGGUGGCGCCACAGACACUGGAGACUGGGGCGCUGUACGCGAAGCUGGUGCAGCGGGCGUACGAGUCGGAGGCCGGCUACCGGAGCGCCCUGGCCGAGGGGCCAGGGCGCGCGGUGGCGCCGCUGCGCACGCUCAACUGGGCCAAGGUGCGCGAGGUCGAGGCGCGGUCCGCGCUUGUGUGGGAUCUUCCGGAGUGGUGCGACGGCAAGCGCCUGGCGCAGGAGUUCUGGUGGUACUCUAUCAAAAACGGGUUCCAACUGUAUUGCGGGCAGGGGCGCAGGUUGACGUACGUCGCGUUCGCAGACCCUGCGGACGCAAUGCGCUUCAAACGGAACCUGCACGGGUCGCACUGGUGCGGGAAGCAGGUCCUGGUCGAGAAGCUAUAG